AUGGAGCAUAAUCCAUUCAAAUGGGGUAGACCCGACGAUGCGGUUUAUGGGGCUUAUAAUCAUCAAAUUGCAGAGGCAGGAGUUAAUUCACUGUUCCCCAAAAUGAACACGCAAAAUCCCAUCAUCACUGGUACAUCAGUUAUUGGUAUUAAGUACAAGGAUGGUGUGAUUUUAGCUGCAGAUAACAUGGGAUCAUACGGGUCACUCAUGAGAUUCAGCAAUGUCGAAAGAUUGCUAACUAUAGGUGAAAAUACAGUAGUAGGUGUCUCUGGAGAUAUUAGUGAUGCUCAACAAUUAGCUCGUUACUUGGAUUCAUUGGAGUUACAAGAAAAUGUUUAUGAUAACGAUGGUGAAAACCAAUUGAAGGCUGUCAAUGUACAUGAGUAUUUGACCAAGUUGUUGUAUCAUCGAAGAUCACAAAUGAACCCCUUAUGGAAUGCAUUAAUUGUUGGAGGGUUUGAUGAAGCUGGCGAACCAUUUAUGAAGUCUGUUGACUUGUUGGGGGUUUCAUUUUCCUCUUCUACAUUGGCCACUGGGUUUGGUGCACAUUUGGCAGUGCCAUUGUUGCGUCAAGUGAUUCCUGAAGACAAGAAAUAUGUGGAUGUUACUGAAGAACAAGCCCGUAAAGUUAUUGAAGACUGUAUGCGGGUUUUGUUCUACAGAGAUGCCAGAUCUAUGGAUAAAUACUCGAUGGUGACCAUUAAAAAGGGUCAAGAACUUAAGUUUGAGAAAGACUUGGUUGUGAAAGAUCAAAAUUGGCGAUUUGCACAAAACAUCAGGGGCUACGGCAAUGCCCAACAGUAG